AUGACCAAGCGACGCGAGCUGAAUGUGCGCGAGCUGCUCGAGCUGGAGCGCCAGAUCUACCAGGAGAGUAUCGACCGUGUGCGGCAGCAGCAAGAGCAGCUGCGAGCCGGGACGCUGGACGACUUUGUCCGGCGCUGCCAGCCGUUCGAAGCGGACCGGGAGCAGGAGCUGCAGGUGGCGCAGCACCAGUACCGCUUUUCACUGGCAGACGCGCAGAGUCUUUUUGACUUUGACGUGCAGCAAGCGAACGACGUGUUUCGGUCGGACGAGCAGCAACUGAAGCUUGAGUUGCUCGAACGGGUCCGACGUCGGCGACAGCGACUUGAAAAGCGGCUUCAGUCGAUGAAUGACGGAGUUUUUGACACGAGCAACUUGGAGGCCGUAAAAACGACACGCGUGGACAAUAUUGACACCCAGGUGAGCAAACUGGAGCCGGAAGUGCUGGAAAAACAGCUGCGACGCGCGCAACGGAGGAUGACCACGAGGUUCAAUUUCCGACAUUUGUCGCGGGGCAUUUUGCCGACUCCGGAACGGAUUGUAGGGGACGUUUUCACCGAGUGUGGGAAGGUGCAGAGGAAUCGAGAGAGAGACGAGGGCGUGAAGAUGGGGGAAGAGGAGGGGGCCGAGCAGAAGGUGGAGGUGGCGAUUGGAGAGAGCGGAGAGCAGUUGGUGUGUCAUGGAGUCAAUGGGGACAGUGGCGAGGUCAUGGACGAGACGUUUCAAGUGGGAGACGCAGUGGUGUUAGCGUCGCAGUUGACCGAGGAAGACUUUCAAGGAUUCGUGUCGGGUCUUUCGCAGGAAGAGGUCAAGUUGGUGCUGGUGUGUGGAUCGCACGUUCGCGUGACGCUUGCGCGACUACGUAGUGGUCAGUGCGCUCUACGAAAGCAGUCGGAGGCAGUUGUUAUGGAAAAGAAGUCGUUGCCUGGUGUGGCGGCGAGUUUACAAGAGCUGGUGCGGGAUCCACCGGAUGUUCGUCGACGCGCUGCUGCAAUUAUGAGCAGACUCGAGCAGAAGACGACCAGCGAUAGCUGA